AUGGAGAUUCCAAAAUUUUACGGAAAUGAAGGAGAUGAUGAAGCCUCAAGAUGGUUAAUUCAUUUGAAAGAAUAUUUUCAGGCAGAGAAAAUCAAUGAAGAUGAAAAGUUGAUGGAAGCUGUGAGAAGACUGAGAGGAAGCGCGUUUAAAUCAAGCAAUCCAGAAUCAGAGUUCGAUAUCCAAAAUGAAUUGGAGUCAGAAAAAUCAGAGAUUACGAAAGAGGAAGAAGAACAAGAAUCUGAAGCUGAAGAUGAUAAUAUUGAUGAUAUGGAAGAAAACACAGAAGCUACUGAGUGGAUGAAUAAAUCCGCUUUGAUGAAAGAACAUGAAGAAAAAAGAGGAGAAGAAGGUGACAGCGAGCGUAGUGGUGAUCCUGACGGCGUCGAUGAUAAUGAUGAGGAGCGUGAGGAAGAAGAGGAUUUGGGAACAUGGUAUCUUGUUUGCUAUUUAGGCACUGCUGAGGAAGAGGAAGCAUCCAGUGAUUUUGAACAAAAAGUGAAGCCAAGGAGCAGUAACAACAAGUCAGGGGGAGUACCAAUAAAGAAGACAAACAAAGGAGAAAUAAUUCUAGAAAAGUAUGAGGUUGUUGAUGGGAAGGUGGAAGCAGAGUUUCAGCUGGUUGAUGGAAAUAAAGUGGAUUGGAAAGGAAGAAGCGCUCUAAAAUACAAAUAUGGGGGGAUGAAAGCUGCUUUGCUCAUACUAGCAAUGCUUGGUUUGGAGAACUUGGCAACUUUCUCGCUAGCUGUGAACUCGGUGCCAUACUUUAGUGGGAUCAUGCAUUAUGAUCUAGCAGAUGCAGCUAACAUGCUCACCAACUAUUUGGGUGUCAGUUACAUACUCUCCAUUUUUGUGGCUGUCCUUGCUGACACAUGGAUUGGCAGAUACAAAUCCGUUGUGAUUUCUGGGUUCAUCGAAUUUGUGGGACUUGCAUUACUUACAGCACAAGCACAUUAUCCUACCCUUAAGCCACCCCCUUGCAACGUCUUUGAUCCACGUGCUCACUGUGAAACAUUAAGUGGGGGCCAAGAAGCUUUUCUCUUCAUUGGCCUAUACUUGUUGGCCUUUGGCAGUGCAGGAGUUAAAGCUGCUUUGCCAUCACAUGGUGCUGAUCAGUUUGAUGAAACAGACCCUAAAGAAACAAUGAAUAUGUCAACUUUCUUCAACACUCUCUUACUAGCAGUUUGCAUGGGUGGUGCAGUCAGCUUAACGUUCAUUGUGUGGAUACAAGUCAACAAAGGAUGGGAUUGGGGCUUUGGGAUCGGUACCAUAGCAAUAUUUUUGGGUAUCAUUGUCUUUGCCGCUGGAUUGCCACUAUACAGAAUUCAGGUUGCUGAAGGAACAAGCGGUUUCAUUGAGAUCAUACAGGUCUAUGUUGCCGCAAUCCGCAACAGAAAUCUUCCUCUUCCUGAAGAUCCAGUAGAACUAUACGAGAUUGAACAGGAUAAGGAAGCUGCUAUGGAAAUGGAGUUUCUAUCUCAUAGAGACAUCUUCAGGUUCUUGGACAGAGCAGCCAUCCAAAUAAAAUCUGAUGAGCAAUCUGAAAAACCAGAUCCCCCAAACCCAUGGAAACUUUGCAGGGUUACCCAAGUUGAAAAUGCCAAAAUCAUUCUUAGUAUGUUCCCAAUAUUUUGCUGCACAAUUAUAAUGACUCUUUGCCUAGCUCAGCUCCAAACCUUUUCAAUCCAACAAGGCUACACCAUGGACACCAGCUUCACGAAGCAUUUUCACAUCCCACCUGCAUCCCUCCCAAUCAUCCCAAUUAUGUUCUUAAUCAUUGUUGUUCCUAUCUAUGAUCGCAUUUUUGUGCCUGUUCUACGUAAAAUAACCGGUAUACCCACUGGAGUUACCCACUUGCAACGUAUAGGAGUUGGCCUAAUACUCUCUUCCAUAUCCAUGGCUGUGGCUUCAAUUAUAGAGGUAAAAAGGAAAGGAGUGGCUAGAGACAACAACAUGCUCGAUGCUGUGCCAGUAUAUAACCCAUUGCCCAUAAGUACAUUUUGGCUUUCUUUUCAGUACUUCAUAUUUGGCAUAGCUGAUAUGUUUACCUAUGUGGGUCUGCUUCAAUUUUUCUAUUCAGAGGCACCAAAAGGGCUUAAAUCUACAUCAACCUGCUUCCUUUGGAGCUCUAUGGCACUUGGGUAUUUUCUAAGUACCAUAGUGGUAAAGAGCGUGAAUGGUGCCACCAAACAUAUCACUAAAAGUGGGGGUUGGUUAGCGGGGAACAACAUUAAUAGAAAUCAUCUAAACUUGUUCUACUUGUUCCUUUCCAUAGUGAGCUUGAUCAACUUCUGUAUCUAUUUGUUCGUUUCAAAGAGGUAUAAGUACAGGCCUCAAGUCCCUACAGUCUCCGAUGGCAAAUCAAAGGAGUGA